CUUUCAAAGUGGCCUUCCCCCAGCAAGGCAUCCACUAUUAUGCUGGCCCCACACUGCCUGGUGGUGUAGUGAUGCGGGACCAAGUCAACGUGGUACGGCCACCUCAUCAGGCCCUCAGGAUGGCCGCACUGCUGGGUGACAAGGAAGCCACCUACCAGGUUGCCGUGAGUCAGGUCGUCAACAUGAGUGGCUGUGACCCCAUCCUGGAGAUGCCUCUGGACGGGUGUGACCUCCCCGACCUGACCACACCAGAAAAUGGAUACCUGUACUUUCAUUUCCACACCUGUCACACACCUGUGGUCUCUGCCCUGGCCUCCUCCACCACCAACACUGUGAAGGACCUGAGCGGCCUGCAGGUGGUGGGUGGCGACUCUCUCACCAUCACUGGAUCAGGCUUUGGUGACCUGGCCUGCCAGGUAGAGGUCAGUGUUGGUGAAGCAUCCUGUAGUGUGACCUCUGCUUCAGACACCUCUGUGACCUGCGAUCUGGACAACCUGGACAACCUGAGGUCGGGUGCAUACCUGCCCAUCACUGUCAAGGCAAUCAACAGGGGCAUAACAGUGACAGACAUCGCAGGGUACAGCAGUGAGGGCCGUGUGGUGGUGGUGCCGCAGGUGUCCUCCCUCAGUCCCCUGGAAGGCUCCCUGUGUGGCAGCACCCUGCUCACCAUCAGUGUAAGUGGUCUGCAAGGUCUGGUUGCCUCUCCUGUGGUGCUGGUGGGGGGCCAGACCUGUGUGGUGCAGAGUGUCUCCUCCACCACAGUCACCUGCCUCACUCCACCCUCCACCUCUGCCACCGUGGCCACCUUCACUCUGACUGUGGCCGGUGUGCAGAUGGACACCCUUACCUUCACCUACAGUGAGGCACUCACCCCUGUGGUCACCAGCAUGGCAGUGCAGGGCGAGGAAGUGACAUUGUCUGGCCACAACUUUGGCAGUGACAACACCAAGGUCACCAUCACUCUGGUGCAACAGUCGGUCCCCCGUGGCUGCCGAGAGGUGCCUCAGGAGGAAGAGAAGGAAGACUUGAUGGUGGAAGAAAGGGAAGGGUGGUGGUGGUGGUGCUGAAGGAUGAGGUUGAGGACUUCCUGGGUGUGGAGGCGGGUGAUGAGAUGGACCGCCUGGUGGAGACAGUGGCCGAGGAUGAGGAUAACGUGCUCAGUGGUAAGUACCUGCAUGGCCUGGGGCAGAAGGCGAGGCUGUCCCUGGUGGAUGUGCUGGAGGCCCCUCGGGGCUUCUGGGGUAGCUUCACCGGCACCGGGGCAGUCACCUUUGAGGAGACGGUGCAGCUGGGUGCCUGGCGCAUGGCUGGCAUUG